CAUAGGGUUUUGUUCUUGUUUUCCAAGAAAGUCAUAUUACAAUGAGUGGCUACAGAUUUUACCAGAAAGCUUCAGAGGCUUAUUACAGCCGCCGCAAUCUGUAUAAUUUGCUUGUAAUUACUUCUGUCAGUGGUGGAGGGCUAUUGGCAUUCGCAAACAAUAAUCCUGCGAGAACUGCGUAUGCCGACGCCGCUGGAGGGGCCCACAUCAGGAGGAAGAAGGUGGUGGUGCUGGGAACUGGUUGGGCUGGCACAAGCUUUCUCAAAAGCUUGAAAGAUCCUUCUCUUGAUGUUGAGAUUGUCUCUCCAAGAAACUACUUCGCCUUCACUCCUUUGCUGCCGAGUGUCACCAAUGGCACCGUGGAAGCUCGCAGCAUUGUCGAGCCAAUCCGCAACAUCGUCAGAAAGAAAAAGUUUGAUGUUCAGUUCAGGGAAGCUGAAUGCUACAAAAUCGAUACGAAAAACAAGAAGGUGCAUUGCAAAUCUACACAGCAGAACAAUGUAGGAGGGAGUGAAGAGUUCACAGUGGAUUAUGAUUACCUAGUGAUAGCUAUGGGAGCUCGUUCCAACACGUUUAACACCCCUGGUGUUGUUGAGCAUACGCACUUUCUAAAGGAGAUAGAAGAUGCACAGAAGAUAAGGAAAACGGUUAUAGACUGUUUUGAGAAGGCAAGCUUACCGAACAUAAGUGAAGAGGAGAGGAAGCGGAUUCUGCAUUUUGUGGUGGUCGGAGGAGGCCCAACGGGAGUGGAGUUUGCUGCUGAGCUUCACGACUUUGUCACUGAGGAUUUGGCAAAGCUAUACCCGGAUCUCAAGAACUACGUUACAAUCACUCUUCUCGAGGCUGGAGACCACAUUCUGAACAUGUUUGACAAAAGGAUUACACAAUUUGCUGAAGAUAAAUUCAGGAGAGAUGGACUUGACUUGAAAGUUGGCUCGAUGGUUACAAAGGUGACGGACAAAGAGAUAUGCACCAAAGAGAGAGCUACAGGGAAAAAUGUGUCUAUACCAUAUGGGAUGGUUGUCUGGUCGACUGGUAUUGGAACUAGGCCUGUUGUGAUGGAUUUCAUGAAGCAGAUUGGACAGACCAACAGGAGAGUGUUAGCAACUGAUGAAUGGCUAAGGGUGGAAGGAUGUGAAGACAUCUAUGCUCUAGGUGAUUGUGCCACUAUUGAUCAACGCAAAGUCAUGGAAGACAUUGCAGCCAUCUUCAGCAAGGCUGACAAGAAAAACACAGGUAAACUCAAGGCUGACGACUUCAACGAGGUGAUCAACGACAUAACUGAAAGGUAUCCCCAAGUGGUAAUCCAUUUGAAGAAGCAGCAGGUUAAGAACUUCCUUCAACUUCUCAAGAAUGCUCAAGGUGAAGAUGAAUUGGACAUCGAAAAAUUCAAGCUAGCACUCUCUGCAGUGGAUGCGCAGAUGAAAAAUCUUCCUGCAACAGCACAGGUCGCUGCUCAACAAGGUUCUUAUCUUGCUGAUUGUUUCAACCGGAUGGAUGAUUGCGAGAAGAAUCCUGAAGGCCCGUUGAGGUUCCGGGGAUCAGGAAGGCAUCGCUUCAAGGCAUUCAGGUACAAACAUCUAGGGCAGUUCGCCCCGUUGGGUGGAGAACAAACUGCAGCUCAACUCCCUGGCGACUGGGUUUCGAUAGGUCACAGCACCCAAUGGCUCUGGUACUCAGUCUAUGCCAGCAAGCUAGUCAGCUGGCGCACAAGAGCGCUGGUGAUCACAGACUGGGCAAGGCGUUUCAUAUUCGGAAGAGACUCAAGUAAAAUAUGAAAUGAGCUUGAGCUCUAUGCAUUCAGAGAUGAGGAAGAUACAACCAUGUCUUUAGCUUCGAGAUUCUGCUACAGAAACUUUUUUGCUUAUACAUUUCUACAGAGAUUUAUUAAUGAUAUCUAAUAAGAACCAUAGUGUGUUGGCCAUAGAGAUCUAAGUAUACUCCAGUUUUGUUCCUAUUAGUUCCAUGGCCAUAGAGAACUAAAUAUACUCCAGUUUUGUUCCAAUUAAUUUCAUGAAGUGAGAGUUUCCCAAAUUCCCAGGUCGUA